AUGGCCUCCAGCUCUGCCAGCAACACACGUUCAGCUCCGGAUGAGAACGAGUUUCCCUUUGGGUGUGCCCCAACCGUCUGCCAGGACCCACCAGAGCCCGGCCUGCCUCUCUGCUGCACAGUCUGUCUCUCUGUGAGGAAAGGCAAGGAUCAGAUCUGUCCCAAAUGCCGAGGGGAUGCAACCCAAACUUUAAGCCCAGGAAGCCUUGUGUCUCAGGAGAAGGAACACCCCAGGAUGACGGAGGCUGAAGUUGAGUGCCCUUUUGCAGGAGUUGGCUGUUCCUUCAAGGGGAACCCCAAGUUCAUGCAGGAGCAUGAGGUCGCCUCGCAGGCCGCCCACCUAAACCUGCUGCUGGAGUUAAUGAAACAAUGGAAGGCCCAGCUGAGCUCCAGCCUGGGCUCCAGGCCCAUCGCCCAAGAGCAGAAUCUGUCGGACCUGCCGCUUCAGGCAGCUGUGGAAGUGGCUGGGGACCUGGAGGUGGACUGCUACCGGGCCCCCUGCUCCGAGAGCCAAGACACGCUAGCCCUGCAGCAUUUCAUGAAAGAUAAGCUUCUGGCAGAGCUGGAGGAGAAACUUCGCGUGUUCGAGAACAUCGUCGCUGUCCUCAACAAGGAGGUGGAGGCCUCACAGCUCGCCCUGGCUGCCUCCAUCCACCAGAGCCAGUUGGACCGCGAGCACAUCCUGAACUUGGAAGAGAGGGUUUUGGAGCUGCAGCAGACUCUGGCACAGAAGGACCAGGCCCUGGGCAAGGUGGAACAGGGCCUGCACUUCAUGAAGGAGGCCUCUUUUGAUGGCACGUUCCUGUGGAAGAUCACCAAUGUGGCCAGGCGGUGCCAGGAAUCGGCCAGUGGCAGGACCAUCAGCCUCAUCUCCCCAGCUUUCUACACGGCCAAGUACGGCUACAAGUUGUGCCUUCGGUUGUAUCUGAACGGGGAUGGCACAGGGAAAAGGACGCACCUGUCCCUCUUCAUUGUAAUAAUGAAAGGAGAAUACGAUGCUCUGCUGCCGUGGCCUUUCCGGAACAAGGUCACCUUCAUGCUGCUGGACCAGAACAACCGAGAACACGCCAUCGACGCCUUCCGGCCUGACCUGGGCUCUGCAUCCUUCCAGCGGCCCCAGAGCGAGACCAACGUGGCCAGCGGCUGCCCUCUCUUCUUCCCGCUCAGCCGGCUGCAGUCCCCCAAGCAUGCCUACAUCAAGGAUGACACUAUGUUCAUCAAGUGCAUCGUGGAAACCAGUGCUUAG